AUGGAUCGCGAACAAUUCCGCAAAGCAGGAUAUGCCGCGGUCGACCGCAUCUGCGACUACUUCGAGAACCUCGAGUCGUACGACGUCGUCCCGAAAGUCCAACCGGGCGACAUUGCCAAGCUGAUUGGCGACGAGGUCCCGGAAAAGGGCGAGCCGUGGGCCGACAUCGCCAAGGACUUUGACCGGAUCAUCCUGCCCGGAAUCACGCACUGGCAGCACCCGAACUUUUACGCCUACUUUCCAGCCAAUACGACCUUCGAGUGCAUCCUUGCCGACAUGUAUGUCGGCGCUGUCAGCAACCCAGGGUUCAACUGGCUCUGCUCGCCUGCCUGCACCGAGCUCGAGUCGAAGGUGACCGAUUGGGUCGCCAAGCUGCUCGGACUUGACCAGAGCUGGUGUAACGAGGGGAUGGUCGGAGCGGGUGUGAUCCAGGGCUCCGCCUCCGAGUCGGUCAUCACCGUCUGCAUCGCCGCGCGCGAACGCUUCCUCCGCCUUCACCCCUCGACGCCCUUCUCCGACAUGGUCAUCCUCGGCACGACCCAGACGCACUCGCUCGGCGCCAAAGCCGCGUUGAUCCUCGGCUUUGAGUUCGUCGCGAUCGAGACGAGGGCUGAGGAUGAGUGGGCGCUGAGGGGCGAGGCGUUGGAGAAGGCGCUGAGGGAGUUGGAGGAGAAGGGCAAGAAGCCGUUCAUCCUCAUCGCCACCCUCGGCUCGACCAGUACCGGCGCCAUCGACAACAUCGCCGAAAUCACCGCCGUCACCGCCGCCCACCCCUCCCUCUUCCUCCACAUCGACGCAGCCUGGGGCGGCGUCUUCCUCUCGCUCCCCGAGUGCCGCGACGAAGCUUUCCUCGAUGCGAUCAAUGCCCGCGCCGUGAAAGGCGCGGAAGAAGGGGCGAUUUGCGCCGGUGGAGAGGUCCAUUCGUUUUGUACCAACUUGCACAAGAGCGGACUCGUCACGUUCGACGCGAGCUGCCUCUGGAUCCGCGACCGCACGCUCCUCACCACCGCCCUGGACAUCACCCCUCCCUUCCUGCGCACCGCCCAAGCCUCAGCCGGCCUCGUAACCGACUACCGCAACAUGUCUCUCUCGCUCGGCCGGCGCUUUCGCUCACUCAAGAUUUGGUGGACGUUGAGGAGCUACGGCGUGCAGGGCUUCCAGAAGCAUUUGAGGAGGCUCGUGGAGUUGGCGCGGGUGUUUGAGAGAGAGUUGGUGAGGGAAGUGGAGGGCGUGGAACUGUUUACGAACCGCCGCUUCUCGCUCGUCGUCUUCCGCGUCCUCCCUCUCCCCCCCUCCUCCCCCUCUCUGGAGGAGUCGAACGCCCUAACCCGCGCCCUAACCACCCUAGCCUCGCACGACCAUUCGCUGAUGCUCACUCCAACGACCGUAGGUGGGACAGAGUGUGUCCGCGUGGCUGUCGGGAGCGGGUUCACGGAGGAGAGGCACGUGAGGGGGUUGGUUGGGCGGUUGCAGGCGCUCAUCGGUGAGGCGAGGGAGGAGGUUGGGAAGGAGCGAGUGAAUGGGACGGUUUAG